AUGCCCUUUUACCAGGCGAGUGUGUUCCAGUCGAGCCAGCUCGAGCAUGGCACUCGAUUCCAUUUCAGGGACCCCCACAACAGCCAGCUAGGUUGGAUCUGGGGUAAUGUAGCUCUCCCUGAUACCAUGAGCAUUGCAACCGACGACAGGGAGAUUAUAGUCCAUACACGCGAGACCAUCAAGGCUGGCUUGGUUACCUGGACCACUAAUGCAUUGCACGGCCUGGGGAAUAUGUGCAUCUCCUUUCCGAUCAAGAUAGAGGUACCUGAUCAAGGUGCCGAAAUUUUGAUGCUUCAGGUUGAGAUUGUUGCACUUUGGUAUGAGGAACUCAUCGCUCAAGGGAUUAUUUCUAUUGACAAGCAUAUGCUUUUCUUGUCCCGUGAGGGGCCCUCGGAACGUGAGGAUCAGUUGUUGGUUGAGCCUGUGCAUUGGAAUAAGCCCCAGUGCGCGGUUGCGAAUCCGUGGUCUGCGCCUCCUGAGGUGCAGGAUGAGGUGCAGGAUUUGUGA